GGUGGGGGUCGGGGUGUGGGGUCGGAAGGGGAUUGUCUCUGCGCUCCACUCGCACGUCGGGGGAUGUUCGCUCAGUUCGGACGGGAACAUGGAAGGAGGAGGAGCCGCGGUUCCCGGUGAGCGCGACAUUCCCGCCGACCCCCCGCACGGGGCCGGGACCUCCAUCACAGUGCCCAAACCGCCCGGGAUCGAGGACUUCGUCGUCGUGAAGCCCAUCAGCCGCGGGGCGUUCGGUAAAGUGUACCUGGCCCGAAAGAAAGGCGGCGAAGAGAAGAAACUGUACGCCGUGAAGGUUGUCAAGAAAGCUGAUCUGAUCCAUAAAAACAUGGUGCAUCAGCUGCAGGCAGAGAGAGCUGCUCUGGCCCUUAGUAAAAGCCCUUUCAUUGUGCACUUGUACUAUUCUCUACAGUCUGCCAACAAUGUUUACCUUCUGAUGGAGUACCUUAUUGGUGGGGAUAUGAAGUCUCUGCUCCAUAUUUAUGGAUAUUUUGACGAAGACAUGGCCAUUAUAUACAUCGCUGAGGUUGCUAUGGCUCUGGAUUAUCUGCAUAGACAUGGUAUUAUUCACAGAGACCUGAAGCCAGACAACAUGUUAAUUUCUAACAAAGGCCACAUCAAGUUAACUGACUUCGGACUCUCCAAGGUUACCCUGAACAGAGAGAUAAACAUGAUGGAUAUCCUCAAUACGCCAUCCAUGGUUAACCCAAACUUUGACUACUAUCGUACUCCAGGCCAGAUUUUGUCUUUAAUCAGUUCCCUGGGGUUUAACACACCAGCGGGAGGGAAGAAUAAAGUUGCAUCGCCAUCGAUAAGCCCUAUGGUGUGUGACACUAGCCAUCUCUCUCUUGGAUCGUACUGUUCUUUGCCACAGAGUGUCAAAGGGUAUAAGGAAGGAUUGAAGGCAAAGGGCUUGAAAAGCAGUUAUUGCUUGCUAUCUGGUGUUGACAGCUCUUCUUGUAACCAGUGUAUGCCAGUCAAAUAUCUGACUCCGGAAUUCAUUCAGCCAAAUAAAAUGCUUGGGAUGUCAAGUGGCAGCAGUCAAUCACGUAUAUUUCCCUCCAGCACAGAGGCAGGAUGUUUGAACAGUCCACAGUGGGAAAACGACCUACAGGACCCGGAGACUGUACAGCCCCUCGCUGAGCUGGGAGCCAGGAAAGCGGUGGCAGGGAACUUGCUCCAGAAGAACGGCCUCGCCAGUUCCAAAAGAGAUCUCGAGUUCGUGGUCUCGCCGAUGGAGAACGAGAUCAGCCCGCAGAGCGGAGCCGAGCAGCAGAUCCAGGCCACCCCUUUCAUCAAUGCUGCGGCCAAGUGUCUGGUCAGGAAAUGCCUGUAUGAAAACGUGGUCCGGCCCGAUCUGCAGAAGCCUCGGCCUUCAGCCGAGGUGAACCAACAAGAGGCGCCCGGCCUUUGUGGCCUUAACCGCUCGCCUCCCUGGCUGGCCGAGAUAUUGGAAAACUCCGCCAACGUCAGCUUGUGCGUCUCCGCUCGGGAAGACCCCGGCCAAUUGGCCGGUUUAGAUGUGCCGGGGCGCGAGGUGAAAUCGUCGCUCGACGACUUGCGGAAAAGCCCAGGGCCAAGAAAUGAAGCCAAGAGGGGUUUCGAUCAGGUGGACCAGAGCCCGUUCUCCUUCACCUCGCGGAGCAAGAAGAAGAACGCGGAGUAUAGUCGCGGCUGCCACAUCCCCGACUUGCAACCCAGUCCCAUUCCCAGCAACAGCACUGGCCUGACCAGGGAGAUCCAGACACUCAUGUUAGGUUCGCUGACAAGGAACUGUGAGAGUCCCGGGAAAAGGGGUGGUCGUGUCGAGAGUAGCGACCACCCGGCCGGAAAGACGACAACUGACCUGUUGAAAGUCCCGUCCCUGGCCAAGAAUCUGCUGAGUGAGCUGGACGAGCACUGCGACAAAGAGGAGGGUAAAGACGCCAUGAAUUGCAGCUUCCUGACUGAUGAGAACGACCGUAGUCUGAAGCGGAGCCUGAGCAUGUACUCAGACUCCUCAGCUCAAGACGCCUCCUUCACAGAAACCCAAUUGGAGAAGCCGUCGUUGCGGCCAGACAAAAGCCCCAAAGACGGUUUGUUUGAGGCGGGUGCGGCUAAAGACGAGCUCUCCCCCUACCUCCCGUGCCACGCGUUGCCUUUUGCUGGUUAUUCGACUGCAAAGCAAACCCACCUCACGGACAGCGAUCAGUGCGUGAAACACUCGGGGGAAAUGUGCCCCAGCGCCAAAGCUUCCUUCCGCCCCAGCGCCCUGACUGCGGGCCAAAAGAAGUCCGCGGUGGUAUUCCGGAGCUACUGCAGCCCCAUAUACAAUUCGAAUCUGUCCGUUCCCACCGGGAUGAGCUUGGACUCUGUAGACAUGUCGGUCUGCACCGGAACUACUACUCCUGCGCAGGUCAACGCUGCGUCUCGUGUACUGCUCAGAGCGGCUGGAACGUAUCAGACUCCACAGCCAGCUAAUGUGCAGACUCCGUACAGGACUCCAAAAAGUGUGCGGAGAGGACAGGCUCCAACGGAGGAGGAUCGAAUCCUGGGAACCCCGGAUUACCUGGCCCCAGAGCUGCUCCUACAAAUACCACAUGGCCCUGCGGUGGACUGGUGGGCACUUGGUGUGUGCUUGUUUGAGUUUCUGACUGGAAUUCCACCUUUCAAUGACACGACGGCGCAACAGGUUUUUCAGAACAUUUUAAAUCGAGAUAUACCUUGGCCAGAAGAUGAAGAAGAAUUGUCCAAAAGCGCCCACGAUGCAGUUGAUAUUCUGCUGACCCUCGAUUGUGCCAAGAGAGCAGGGGUAAAAGAGCUCAGGAAGCACGCACUCUUUCACAGCAUCGAUUGGGACACUCUGCAGAAUUGCCCGAUGCCUUUCGUGCCGCAACCAGUCGACGAGACCGAUACAACCUACUUUGAAGCUAGAAAUAAUGCACAACACUUGACUGUUUCAGGAUUCAGCUUAUAGAUCUGCAGGUGUUGGUUGAACCUAUGCGCAGUAUUGGAGGUUGGAGGGGGGAAAGCAUCAGCCUGUAGUCGUGCGAGACUGUGUGACAAUCCUUUAUACUGAGGAUGGCUUGUGCCUGAUGGGUAGAGCUAUCUUUACUGCCUAUUUUACUCUAUUAAAGUUUGUCACUUAACUGAGAUUAACAUUUUUUUUGUUGGCCAGUGUGUAAUGUAAUUUACAAGGCUUUUUAAAUUAAGAUGUUAUUAGUUGUUUGCGUUUAAGUCUCCAUCUCGCUUUCUCCCUUCAUUACUUCAUUAUUCUUUGAAAUAGUCAUUUCCCACUUUGUCGGACAGAAUUUUUAAUAUGAAAGCUAAUUAAGUGUCCCUCUCUAAAUAAUCUUCCUUUCCAAAUUGAAGUGCACUUUAUUUAAUGGUUCCGAACUAAAGUCAGCAAUAUUAAGGAUCCUUCCUUUUGUAAAUUGUAAUUAUUGAGAAUGUGGUUGAAUCCAAUUCUACUUUAUAUUGAAGUCCUGAAACAUUAUUGCUCUUCCUACCUUUUGUCCGCUUGUUUCAAUAUCCAGUUGAUUAAGGUGAGAAGUUAUGUCACAGCCCACUUUAUGUACAAGGGCUCGCUCUGUCUCCAAACGUCAGCACCAGAACCAACAGAUCUUUUGCUUGAGUUUGAGGUGCCUAAAUUGAGCAAACACCCUGUAACAAUGUAAGUGCCAACAUUGUUAGAAGUUUGAUCAAACGGAUGUCAGCGAUCCCUUGAUACUGUUCAGUAGAGAAGGGAGUUUUCGUGGUGUCCUGGACAACACCUCCAGAUUAAUUGGUC